AGAGAGAGAGAGAGAGAGAGAGAGAGAGAGAGAACGAGCUGUGUCUGUUUAUAUACAAGUGGAUGUUAGUCCGUGCAGGUCUCAAUCGGCUCAUCUCCAACGAAUCUUCUUACCGCAAAAUGCUCGGAGCAGUCGUAGUGGUGUAGCGGAGUGGUCUGACUUGUCGCCCUCCCCGCCCGAGUCUCCUUUGCACUUGUUUCGAGCCUUCCUUCAUACUCAGGGAUCCAGCAUGCACUGUCAAGCCGAAGUGAGGCUUUCCUCCCCUGGCCAGCUGAAGGCUGCCAGGCGACGCUACAAGACGUUCAUGAUCGACGAGAUCCUCUCCAAGGAGGCUUGUGAUUAUUUUGAGAAGUUUUCCCUCUACUCUGUGUGCCCGUCGCUCGUCGUCCGACCCAAGCCUCUUCACUCUUGCUCGGGUUCUUCUUCACUGCGUGCCUACCCACUCCUCUCGGUCAUCACACGGCAGCCUCCAAGCCACCCAGGCCACCUCCCGCACACACCUCCAUCCUCGGGUGGAGUUCCGCCCCAUCUCCCGCUAUUGUCGCCGCAGCACGGCCGAGGCUCCGAACCGUCGCCCAGCCAAACGCCCCUCAGCAUUAGCAGCGACUCGGAGACAGAGCGCGGAACCCCCCGCCUGAAAAAGCCCCGUCGCAGCCGCACCAUCUUCACGGAGCUGCAGCUGAUGGGCCUGGAGAAGAAGUUCCAAAAGCAGAAGUACCUGUCCACGCCUGACAGGUUAGAUUUGGCACAGUCCCUUGGACUCACACAGCUUCAGGUGAAGACAUGGUACCAAAACAGGCGCAUGAAGUGGAAGAAGAUGGUACUCAAAGGCGGUCAGGAGGCGCCAACCAAGCCUAAAGGCAGACCCAAGAAGAACUCAAUUCCCACCACUGAGGAAAUAGAAGCUGAAGAGCGCAGGCUGAAGCAGGAGGAAGAGGAGCAGCUGAGAAAGACAGAGGCAAAUGCCGCACCGGCUCGCGGAGAAGAAACGGCGCCUCCGUCGGAUCCUGGAGUUGUAAGCUCUGCGCCCACCUCCGCUCCGCAAUGUCAGAAGACAGCCGGCGCGACGGAGGACGCUGAUCGGGUGAUGCCUCUCCUAAUGCCCCCAGAGACACACGCAGAGAGCUAAGUAACAAGAACAAAACCAAAGACUGAUCCCCGCCUCGAAGCCUGCAAACAAAUCGUGCCUCAAGAUCACUGAAGCCAGAUAGGAGAGUUGUGCUAUCAGAAGACCGACACACAUUUCCGGGCGUUGAAAACACACACUUAAUGAAUAGAAACCCAAAACAUUUGUUUUCUCUCUCAACUCAAGAAAGAUGUCAACUUCCCUUGAUGACACAUCUUCGUCCUUUGUAUGAAACCGAAUUCUGUUCUUCUCAUUGCACUCGGUCCGUCCGUGGUGGCAUCUCAGAAAAGCCAAAGAAAAAGCAAAUGCCGUGAUACGUGGCCUUUUGGAGGUCCAUUGAGCUGAUGUCUCCGAAGGG